GUUUACGAUGUUUCAGAUAGUAUUAUAACGAAAUUCAACCUGUAAAGCCCCCGGUCGCGCAGUAAUAUCAUUCGAACCUAUAUUUUAUAUGCGUGAUAAUUACAUGUACUCUAAGACCUUGUCGGAAGGCGCCUGUUAUUAAAGUCGUUUGUUGAAGGUCGGGUCUUCACAUUAACUCUGGUGUAAGACCUCUGGGUGAUUUAGUCCUGUCAAAUGUUUAGUGUUAUGACAAUUUAGUCUACAUCUCAGGAAUAUUAUUGUUUAUGUUGGUGGUUGAGUAGCGGUCAGAAGUGAUGUUUAAGCGACUAGGUCGUUGUCAUUUGAAGUCAUCUCGUGCACCGCCUGGAAGAGAUAGCACAAGCAAUAAAACUCAUCUGCCAACAAAGUGUACUGCUUGGUUAUUUUCUACUAUCUCUUCAAAGAUUUCAAAUUCACAUGAUAAUCAAGCUAAUAAAAAUAUAGAAACUCAUGAAAUUGAUAAUUCCUGUAAGAUAGAAAAUUGUGGUGAAGUAGUGCAUACAUCUAAUUCUCAGCAUGUUAAUGAUACUUCUUGGAAUGUUUCUGGUAAACCUUAUUGUCCUGAACCAGAACAUAUUAAAGUACCAUUUGUACAUUUCACGAAAGUGAGAAAUCAAUUCCUAGCUAUUCGUUCCCUGCCAGUAUCUCCAUCAGUGAAGGAUCAGUUAAAAUCUCAUUCCUUCAACAAUUGGUUAUAUACAGAUGCUGAGUUAAUCAGUUUUGUUAAAUUUAUGUUUUUGGAUUUAAAUCUCCCGGAAUUAUGUCAUUUUUCUAUUGAUGUACUGGAGAACUGGUUGUUUGCAGUCUAUUCACGAUAUAACAAUGUACCAUUUCAUAAUUUUAAACAUGCAUUCAUGGUUACACAAAUGAUGUAUUGUAUCAUAAAGACAAUAAAUUUACAAUUGUAUCUAUCGCCAGUGGAUUUGCUUAUCUUAUUAUUCUCUGCAGUAUCACAUGACCUUGACCAUCCAGGUUUUACAAAUUCCUAUCAGGUGAAUGCUGGAUCAUGGCUUGCACUUCGUUACAAUGAUAUCUCACCAUUAGAAAAUCAUCAUUGUGUUACAGCCUUUGAGAUUAUUUCCAAUCCAACAACAAAUAUAACCAGUGGAUUAACACAAACUGAAUCACGUCAUUUUCGUAGAUCUGUGAUAAGAUGUAUCCUAAGUACAGAUAUGGCUAUACAUACAGAGUGUAUUUCACAAUUUCAGUAUUUACGACAACAAGUAAUUGCUGUUUCACACAAAUUAACAUCACCAUCAAUGGAGAAUAAUGCUACUUCUAAUACAACUAGUGUAAAUCAUGUCGCUACUACUGCUGAUGAUGAUGAGGUUGAGGUUGAGGAUGAUGAUGGCAAUAAUCAGCCUUGUCGACCUAAUCAAUGUUAUUCAGUAUUUCCAUCACCUCAGUUAGCCUCAGUUACACCUCUUCUUCAUGCUCAUGUUUCGCCUCCUAUAUCUCAGCCCCCACCUCCUACUUCUAUUUCUAUUACACACUUAUUGAGUAAUUCACAUGGAUUAACCUCCCAUGAUUACAAUGAAGUUGAUCAAUGUGAUAAUGAUAAUGAUGAUGAUGGUGAGGACAAAGAAAGCAGACAACGACGGCAACAACAACAACAAUAUUCUACUGUUAAAGAUGACUCACUUCUCCGCUCUUCAUUGUUUUCAUUGAUCCAUGAACAACCGGAAUACUUACUAAGAUUUUUAAUGAUAUUGCUAAAAGUAUGUGAUGUAUCGAAUGAAACGCGUUCACCAUCAGUUGCUGAUGCAUGGUCAGAUUGUUUAUUCAAUGAAUUUUUCAUGCAGGCGAAUGCAGAAAAACAAGCUGGUCUUCCUGUUGCCGCUUUUAUGGAUCCAGAUUGUGUGGUGAAAUCCACUAGUCAAUUGAAUUUUUUAGAUUCUAUCUUAAUUCCUUUAAUAAAAGAAUUAGUGUAUGUUUUUCGUGAAUUAAAUGUCCUAUUAGAAGCUGUUUUAAGUCGAGUAAAGUAUUUCUCUCAAAUGAGACAACGUGAAUUAGCAGAACAAGAAACAAGUAAUUGUUUACAAACAGACAUGAAAAUUAAAAUGACAACGACAACGGUUAUUUCAAAUUCUUUAUCAUGUAAUCAGAAGUCAGGUUCCAUACGACCUAAUUCUGAAACUAAUCAUUUAUGCAAUGCUCAAUCUUUUCAACUUUCGAAUAAAGUACUAUCGGAGACAAAUAAACCUUUACAACAUCAACAGCAUAAACAACAUGAGCCAUCGGUAGUUAUGCAUACUGAAAAUGCAUAUCCUGUGUCGAACGCAUCCUCCUUUAAAUCACCACCACUAUCAUUAUCGUCAUCGGCAUCAUCAUCAUCUCCAAUAAAAUGUCAACAGCCUCAAACUCCACUUUAUAUAACUGUACAAUCGUCUAAUAAUUUAAAAAAUAUCACUAUAAUAAAUGAAUCCUCAUUACCGCCACCACCAACAUCAUCAUCCCUGUCAUCUGGACAAUACAAUGAAGAUCAGAGAAAAAGUAGAGAUUUUGUCCAGUAAAAGUAAUCAUGAUAAUAAUAAUAAUUGGCUUUCUUUCUUCUUCUUCUCCAAUUACUUUUUAUUAACAAAGCAGAAGAUGGGAAAUCACGUGGUAUACAUAUAUAUAUUUGUGUAUUCUAUUCAGCAUUUCUUAUUAUUUCCCUGUUAAUCUUCUCUUUCCUGAGAUAUAAUGCUUUAUUUCUUACUAAUUACUUACCUCAUGUGUACAUGUGCAUGUGUAUGUGUACGUAUGUGUGUGCGUGUUGUUGUUGUUGCUGCUGCUGCUGUUGUUGAGGCCUACAGUAUACAGUACAGUGCAGUACAGUAAAGUCCUACUGUUUAACACAAUUCCAAUGAUAACAAAACAUAAAUAAACAUAGUAAAAGAAAAGUGAUAAUUUUGUUAAUAUUUCUUUUAUUUGUUAAUGUUUUGUUUUAUCCUUAUAAUUUUCUUUGCUUUUCGUUUCCUUUUUUUUGUUUUGUGUGUGUGUAUGUAUGUAAAGUUUUCCAUGAAUUUAAUGCGUUUAAAACUUGAUUGAAUUUGUUUUCCUUCAGCAUUCCUGUUUGUAUAUGUCUGUGCUCAUCCCCUUGCGUGGGUGGGUGCGUGCGUGCGUGUUGCAUAUAUUGUAAUCACCGUAUUCAGUUUAAGACAUCUGGUUCAACAACACUUGAUCUACUCUCUUUUGUUCUUAUCAGGGAAAUGUUUUUCAAAUGUAUUCAAUGCUAUUCAGUUUGUUUAUUCGUCCCUUUCUUCGUUUGUCUGUUGACCUCUUCUCUUGCUUUACAUUAUUGAUCGAUUACAUUGUUCAGUACUUAUCUGACUGUCUGUCUUGUAUAAUCUGAGGUGAAACUAUGUCAACCUGAUCAAACUCUGAUUAUCGCUUGAAUUUUCCUCAAAGUAUAUAUGUCUAUACUUCAAAAAAUGUGAGAAAGGAGAAGAAAGUGGUUGGAAGCUGGCUUUCUCUGUGUACUUUUCUCCUCUUAUUGCUUGCUGUCGAUGUCAUCGUCUUUGUUUAUCUCUGUGUUGAUUGUAUUGUCACACACAUAUAUACAUUAAUGGAUUUAAAUAUAUCUGUCUGUAUGUGUAUCGGUGCGUGCGUGCAGGCGUACGUACGUGUGUGUGCGAGACUGUAUAUGUAUGGGAUAUUACAACAUGGACUCAUAUGACCUUAGAACUAUUGUUGUUUCGCAUUGUUUUACACCCAAAUAAUAAUAAUAAUAAUAUAAAAUUAAACCAACGGGCUUUCAUAUUUAAUAUACAUAAUAAAUACAUAUACAUAUACACAUGCUCUUUUUGCUUAAGAAGAAAAGUCAGACCAAAGUAUUGCUAUACAGUACAGUACAGUGCAGUACAGCAAAACAGCUGAUAUAUAUAAAUGAAAUAGAGAUUUUCUUUUCUACUAUUUCUUUUAUUAAUCUGUUUCAUCAUCAUCAUCACCAUCACCUUUUUCACUUCUCUCUUCCACUCCUUGUUUUUUCUGUUGUUGUUGUUGUUUUUGUGUUCAUGUUUUGUUUUUCCCUUGAACAGAAAAGAAAAAAGGAUUCGAUGUUUUAUUCUCUUUCUGAUGAAUUGUUGUCCCCUCCCCUGCCCUGCCCUUCACCGUCACACACCUACCUAGAUGGGUGUGUAUUAUUUAUUCACUUUUAGUGAGUUUUUUAAAAUAUUAUUGUGAAGGAAUGAAUGAAGCCUUCCAAACGAUGAAUACGGAGGAAGUGACAAACUGUUCGCCUUUCUCUCUCUGUAUAUAUAUAUAUAUAUAUAUAU